UGAAGUGCUCAUCACGCUACAUAAGAUCGCUGCGUAAACAUUACCUGCUCGCACUUGCACUACCUAGUCUUAGUAAGUUAUAGGAUAGCCUAGGAUAUUGACAACUUUUUACAUUGCGGUCUACUUCAAUAAAAUGACAACAAGAGCAGCGUUGAAGAAUAAAACCAAAAAACCUUUGGAAACCACUUUGGGUAAAGCCUCAACGAGCAGUCACGAAGAAAUUGAUCUUUCGCACGUUGGGAAGACAAUUCACACUAGUCUGUUUGGUUUAAGGCAAGUGUUAGCGCUCUUCGAAACUGCAACUGAAGAAGUACAAGCAUAUAUAACGUACGAAUGUGACAUUAUGUACGAAUGUCGAAUAUGUCGUACCAUUUUCAGAAGUUUGGCUAACUUUAUUUUACAUAAACGAAAGUACUGCCAGGAUUCGUACAAGAAGACGAAACGGUUUGAUUUCCGCGAACAGUUUUCGGAAGCCGAUUUACUCAUCAUAAACGAGAAGUCUGAAGAGAGUAAAACAAUAAAUCAAGAAGAUAAAUCACCUAGUUGCAUACAAAAACCAGACAGUAUCUUGAAAGGGGUGCAAAGUAAAAAAACGCUAUCCAAUAUCUUACCGCGUCUCAUCAAUAAACAAGAAAAUACUUUAAUUACCGAAGAAUGUUUAGCUGAAGAUAAUCCACAGGAGUCUAAACGUUUGGAUGAAGAAAAUAAACGUAAUAUUGCUUUAGAAAGCGCGAACAAAUCUGGUGUCUUUCAAACUAUGUACGACUCCAAGGAUGAUAAACUAGAUUUUAUGAAAACUGAAGUAAUGGAAAUUCAUGACAUUCUGGAGAACAACGAAGCAAUUAUUGGUUCAAAUGGAAAAAUUGUUGUACCACAAGGGGAGAAAAGUGACGUAUUAAAAAAUAAUUUCAUGUGCGUCAUUUGCAAUCAAAAGUUCUCUACAAAGAAAACAUUAACGUAUCACAUUAAUUAUAAACACAAUGACACCAGAAAAGUAUAUCAAUGUACGGAGUGCACAGAUACCUUUGCAAAUACGUGGGGUGUAUUUAGGCACUUAUAUAAGACACAUCGUAAAACGCCUGCUCAGGUGAAGAAGUUACGUAAUCAAAUUCAUAGCAAUCGAAUUCGAAAUGACGAGCAGACCAUCACAAAAAAUAGCGAUGCCAAGUCUGAAGUAAUAGUUUCCGAUACUACAUCUACGACUUUAGGCUCAGAAGAUCAGCAAUGGAUCGACGACUUAGAAUGUGAUAAUGAUCUGCAACGUUGUGGAGGCUGUGGGCGCAAGUUCGAGCGUAAAGCUGCACUUCAUUCCCAUUCUCAGUUUUGUACUAAACGCAUUGCUGUAUGCAACAGUAUUAAAGAGAAUAAUCACAAGAAAGCGCAAGAAGACAAACAAGAGAAAAAAAUCGCGGAACCUGUUGCUAUAGCUCUAUCUGACGGUUCCAGAAAACGUAAACCUCUAGUAGCUUAUAAAAUAUUAAGAUUCGAUUAUAUGAAAGAUACUCCUAGUAGUCCGGGAACGAAUGAUAAAGCUGUUCAUAGUACUAGAGAAUUAGUACAAAGUGAAGAGCCUGAUAACAAAGAAAGCGAUACAAAAGGGGAGGAAAUUGCAGCUUUAAAUACAAUUAUUAGUGAUUUGGUACAUGAAAUUGUCAAUUCAAAGUCUUCAUCAACAUCACUGGACGAAAAAUCUAUUCCUACAAAUAAUCCGGACGAGUGUUUACAAAUGGAUGUUGAAAAUAAUAAUUCCCAGUGCGAAAGUGAGAAACAGUCGAUUAAAAAAAAAUGUUUGCGCGCUUUAGAGAAGAAGUGUACCGACUACAUUAACAAGGAAAGAAAAUUAUGUUUGCCUUGUGACAAAGCAUUUAAAACUUAUAAGUGCCUAAUGAGACAUAUGGCUGUUCACUUUAAUUGGCACCGGUUCCAGUGCGCAGCUUGUCAGUACACAGCGUAUCACAGAUCAAAAUGCGAGCAUCACCUUGAAAAAAAGCACUCGAUCGUUAAUCAAGAGGCAUAUAGCGAUUACAUUAAGCGUAUACCCUUCGAAAAAACCUUGGAUUUGGCUACCGACUUCAUCAAUUAUGCCAAGAAGUGUAAAGCUGAAGUCCAAGCUAAGGAGUUAAUCGAAACGGCAGAAGUUGCAAGUAAUGGCAAUGAAUCUGAAGAACAAGAAAUCCAAGUUAAAGAGUCAGUGGAACCAACAAGUAAUUUUAAGCACCUUAAACCUGUUAAAGCACCCGAAGAAGUCCAAGCUGAAGUGUCAGUAGAAUCAACAGUAGUUGCAAAUAAUGACAAUUGGAUCAAAAUUGAAAAUGCACCUGACGAAUUUCUAGCUAAAGAGUCCAUUGAAACAAUGGAAGUUGCAAAUAAUGACGGGCAAAUUAAAAUUGAAUCUGAAGAAAUCCAAGGCGAAACAACAGUAGCUGCUAGUAAUGAUGGAACGUCAACAGAAAAAUCCAAUUUAGAAGGAAAUUCAACAAUUCCACAAGAUAUAUCUGAUCCUCAAGAUCCUGCGUUGAGAGAUAUGAUCAUGACAGUCAUUUUUGGAAACAACGCAACCGUAUCAUCUGCUAAUUCUAAUCCGCACGUAGAAAACAAUGGAACCACAGAAGUGGAAAUCAUCAAAGAACGUGAUUUAGAGCUGUGCAAAAAUUCGAAGCCUAACCGUAACGUCGAAACAAAUAUUCCAGCGGAAACGAAAGUCACAAACCACAAUCACGUCGUAACAUCAACCGGUGCCCGUGAAGAAUUGGACGUGCAAUCUAAAUCGGCGAGAUGUCGACCUAUACGGGCUCGAACAGCGACAGUCAGAAAAGACUUUUUAUAUGAUAUGACGCAAAUACUGAAAUUAAAACCAAAAAAGGAUCUGAUAGUACAAAAGCCUCUCAGGGUCUAUACGCGCAAAAAUAAAGUCGUACCUCCUAAAACAAAUAACAAUAGUUUUAACAUACUCCAGAAUGUGAACAUUAAUCCAAUUCAAGUUCCAGAUACAUAAUGACACUCGAUUUAAAAGUUUCUUUAAAAUGUGUUCUUGUUACGUUAGUGAAAUCGUAUUUUUUUAAGUAGCUACUGCCAUUGUUGUAAAUAAUACAAGUUAAAAUAGGUUUGUCGUAUUAAUCGUCAUCUCUAGGGUGAGUUUUCUUUUCUAGGCAAACGUAUUUAUCUUUUGUUGUUAAUUAUUUGAAGGCUGAACUGUUGUUUAACUAUGUUUCCGUUGUAUAAAUAUUAUUUACUAAUAAACUACAAAUAUUUUGAAAUGAA